CCUCGCUGCACGUUUCCCUCUGCCUCAACCACCAUCUCGAAGCCCUGCGGUCGAGCCUGAGCUCUCCGGACGAAAGCAACACAUCCCACACAAAGGAGAGGGGCAGCGAGCCCGUGGCGCUGCCUGGGCCUUCCGGAGCUCUUAGCGGCUGCCUGGUCUCCAUCCUGCUGCCAACUCCUGGGAAUCAUGGCCCAUGACGGCAUCCCACCGACUCCCUCGCUUGACCCUUCAAGCCUGGGUCCGUUCCUGACCUCCGCACGAUCCCUCGCAUCCUCCUCCAUCCCCGCCGUAACCGCCAGCUUUUCCGUCGCCGGCCUCUCCUCACACCUCCCUCCCCCGCCGACACCCCCUCCGACACCCUCAACCAUGGUGGGGUGGAUCGGAUGGGUGUUUACCCUCGUUUUCUAUGUCAUCCCUAGCAUCCUCUACUGGAUUGUCACCUUCUCGACCAUCACGCUGCCCACAUGGCUGUUCACGCUCUUCUCCAUGAGCCUCACCUUCACCAUGAACUUCACCACCCUUCUCUUGAUUGCGCUGGUCGUGGUUUCGACCCUCAGCUGGUUCGUUCGGUACCGUUUCCUCAACAUGUACAGCCGCCUCCCCCCGGAGCCCCAACGCAAGGAACCCCAGCUCGACCUUUUCCCCGAUGUUCCCGAAGGUGAUAUAAAGCCGGGCCUGGCCAACUACCUGGAUGAGUUCCUAAGCGCCAUCAAAGUCUUCGGAUAUCUCGAGAGGCCCGUGUUCCACGAAUUGACCCGCACGAUGCAGACACGGAAGCUGAUCGCGGGCGAGACGCUCUUGCUGGAGGAAGAGAAGGGCUUCUGCUUGGUCGUCGACGGGCUGGUCCAGAUCUUCGUCAAAUCCAUACGGGACGGGAAGUCCGGUGCCGAGGAGGAAACCAGCCAAAUGAAGGGGGAAUCUUCCGACGAGGAUGAUCAUCGCAUGGAUGGAAAGCAAGGGUACCAGCUGCUCACCGAAGUGAAGAAUGGUGCCUCCAUGUCGUCCUUGUUCUCUAUCCUGUCGCUGUUCACGGAGGAUGUUCAAUUGCGCUAUGCAGACAGCGCGACUUCUAGUGCUUCCAGCGUAGGGCCCGGCCCGGCCUUGGCUCCUGACUCGUUCCCUGCCAGUCCACAGGGAGUGGCGGACGGCUCCCCGCGUGCAUUCCCACAGGAUCAUGCAGACUCGAUCCCCCACAUCGGUGCCGAUGACCUGCCCGCCGUGCCUCCACUGAACCUGGGGGGAAGUCAAACCCCGCCUACGCACACCUCUCGACACAACAAGACGCAUCCGACCAAAGCACGUCGUAAGUCGGUUCACCCGGACAUUGUUGCACGGGCAAUGGUCGACACGACCAUCGCUAUCAUCCCCGCCAGUGCUUUCCGUCGCCUGACCAGGGUCUAUCCGAAAGCGACCGCCCAUAUCGUCCAGGUCAUUCUUACGCGUCUGCAGAGAGUGACAUUUGCAACGGCACAUUCUUAUCUGGGCCUCAAUAACGAGGUGCUGGGAAUUGAGAGGCAAAUGACGAAGUUCACGACCUACGAUCUGCCGAAUGAUCUGCGUGGGGCAGCGCUGGACCGCCUCAAAGACAAGUUCAUCAAAGAGCGAGACCGUCUGGGGCCCGAGGAAGUGACCAAGGGAAUCGCAUUGCACAACCCGUAUUCCGGGAGGAGGCCCAGGUCAAGCAGCUUUCGAAGGAAAGACGCCGCCCUGCAAGCGAAGAUGGCGACCUCGAGACGCCCGGUUUCUUCCAUUACCCAGGAGAAUUCCUUCAUGAACGACCGGGAGAAUGCUGGAGUUAGCCCAGGGGAUCUCCUGUCCACCAUCCAGCUCUCGCGGUUUGGUCCUCGGUACGAGCAUCUGGCCCCGAGGUUGCUUAGUCCUCUGGCAGAGAAAGAGCAAUCCCCUCUACGAUCCCCGUCCCCGAUGAUCCCAAGUCGCGGGUCGUUCCAUCGGAAAGAUUCUAUUGACGAGGAUGCGCUUUUCCGCGAAUCAAUCCUGGAAUGCAUCAUGAAAGGGAUCGGUCUGACCGGCAGCAGUAAUGAUUUCCUUCGCAAAGGCAGCCAUGUUUCGGGAGACGUGUCUCCGAAACUCCUCUCCUAUGACUCUCGUCGCCAGAAGGCGGUGUUCAGCAACAACGCAUUUGGCUUUAUCGAUCCGUACGAAGGUUCCGCGGAUGGAGAUACGGAGUCCAUGAUGUCUAUGUCGGUAACUAGUGCUGGUGGCACCUCGCCUGUUGCCAGCUUGAGGGAAGAGCUCCGCAACGACAUCGAGAUCGUUUACUUCCCCCAGGGCUCCGUGCUAGUGGAGCAGGGUGAGCGCCAUCCCGGUCUGUACUACGUGGUGGAUGGGUUCUUGGACGUCGGCAUUCCCGCCAACGAGAAGGAGGAAGACCUGGUGGGAUCGUCGAGGCCGGCUCAAGAGGAGUUCUUCCCUAUCUUGAGGCGCACCAACACCAGCUCCUCUCGCGUGUCGAGUACGACAGCGGCACCGAACGAUCCCCGACGGAAGAAGCAAUCCAGGAAAUCUCUCUACCUCAUCAAACCCGGUGGGAUCCAAGGCUAUGUCGGAGCCGUGGCGUCGUAUCGCUCAUACACUGACGUCGUCGCCAAGACGGACGUGUACGUUGGAUUCCUUCCGAGGGCGGCCCUGGAAAGAAUUGCGGAGCGGUACCCUCUUGCCCUCCUGACACUAGCCAAGCGGCUUACCAGCGUGCUCCCGCGUUUGCUCCUCCACAUCGAUUUCGCGCUGGAAUGGGUGCAGGUCAGCGCCGGCCAAGUGAUAUACCACCAGGGCGAUGAGAGCGACGCGAUCUAUCUCGCCUUGAACGGGCGCCUGCGGUCUGUGCUCGAAGGCCCGGAUGGAAAGAUGACGGUUGUUGGCGAGUAUGGCCAGGGAGAAAGUGUGGGUGAGUUGGAGGUGAUGACCGAGUCGACCCGUCCGGCAACACUCCACGCCAUUCGUGACACCGAAUUGGCCAAGUUUCCCCGGACGCUGUUCAACAGUCUGGCGCAGGAGCACCCUGGGAUUACCAUCCAGGUAUCGAAGCUGAUUGCGCAACGGAUGCGGGAUUUGGUUGAACAUCCGGUGGCCGAGAAGGGCGUUGAGCCCAGCACCUUUGGCACCGUGAAGACCGCGCGGUCGACCCUCAAUCUUCGCACCGUUGGCAUUCUCCCCGUGACCGCUGGCGUGCCAGUCGUUGACUUUGGGAACCGACUGCUCCAGGCCCUGCACCAGAUCGGAGUCACAAACGGCGCCACCUCACUCAAUCAGGCAGCCAUUCUGAACCACCUUGGCCGACAUGCAUUCAGUAAGAUGGGAAAGCUGAAGCUGUCGCAGUAUCUGGCAGAUCUGGAGGAGAAGUACGGCAUGGUUCUCUAUAUUGCCGACACAACGGUCAAUUCUCCGUGGACGCAAACCUGCAUCACGCAGGCCGACUGUAUCCUGCUGGUCGGCCUGGCGGAAUCCUCGCCCAAUAUCGGCGAAUACGAACGCUUCCUACUUGGCAUGAAGACAACGGCCAGAAAGGAGCUGGUGUUGCUGCACGGGGAGCGGUACUGCCCCCCUGGAAUCACGCGCCAGUGGCUGAAGAACCGGGUCUGGAUCAACGGCGGCCACCAUCACAUCCAAAUGGCUAUCCGGCUGACGGCGGAGCCCUCUCACCCCCAAGCCAAGCGCUUUGGAACCGUGCUCAAACAGAGGGUGCAAGUCCUCCAGGCUGAGAUCCAGAAGUACACAUCGCGUCGGAUACGCCAAUCGGCGCUCUACUCUCCCCAAACCCCAUUCAAGGGCGACUUCCACCGCCUGGCGCGGCGGCUCUGUGGUCGGUCUGUCGGGCUGGUGCUAGGCGGCGGAGGGGCCCGAGGCAUCUCCCAGGUCGGCGUGAUCAAGGCCCUGGAGGAAGCGGGGAUCCCGAUCGACAUCAUCGGCGGCACCUCGAUCGGGUCCUUCAUCGGGGCACUCUACGCGCGGGACGCGGACGUGGUGCCCAUGUACGGCCGUGCGAAGAAGUUCGCGGGCCGCAUGGGCAGCAUCUGGCGGUUCGCGCUGGACCUGACGUACCCGACCGUGUCGUACACGACGGGACACGAGUUCAACCGGGGCAUCUUCAAAACGUUCGGGGACAGCCAGAUCGAGGACUUCUGGCUGGAGUUCUACUGCAACACGACCAACAUCAGCCGCUCGCGGGCCGAAUACCACUCGUCCGGCUACACGUGGCGGUACGUGCGGGCCUCGAUGUCCCUGGCGGGCCUGAUCCCGCCGAUCUGCGACGAGGGCAGCAUGCUCCUGGACGGCGGGUACAUCGACAACCUGACGGUGGGCUACAUGAAGGGGCUGGGGGCGGACGUGAUCUUCGCGGUCGACGUGGGCUCGAUCGACGACAACACGCCGCAGGGGUACGGCGACUCGCUGUCGGGGUUCUGGGCGGUGGUCAACCGCUGGAACCCGUUCUCGUCGUGCCCCAACCCCCCGACGCUGUCGGAGAUCCAGGCGCGGCUGGCGUACGUGUCGUCGAUCGAGAACCUCGAACGCGCCAAGAACACGGUCGGCUGUCUGUACAUGCGCCCGCCCGUCGACCAGUACGGCACGCUCGAGUUCAGCAAGUUCGACGAGAUCUACCAGGUGGGGUACGCGUACGGGAAGGAGUUCCUGGAGAAGCUGAAGAGCGAAGGAUCGCUGCCGCUGCCGGAGGAGACGGAGGAGAAGAAGAAGCUGCAACGGACGCUGGCGCCGCGGCGCGCGAGUAUCUGAACAGACUUCACCAUGAGGCCAUGUUGUACUGGACUAGACUUCGUUGGAGGAUGGAUUCCUGUUUCGGCGUUGAUAUUCUGCUUGCUUACUUGCUUGCCUGCUGUAUACCCCGACUCGAUUGGAUGGAUGGAUGUAUGUUCAUAAGACAUAGAAAGAUAGAGGUUUCUUACGGCAAGGAUCGGAGGGUCCAAUCCAUUUCCGGGCGCUGUAAGAGAAAAUGUGGAGGCGCUCGCGGUCUCGACCCUGCUAGCCGGGCCGAAACGCGCCACGCGGCCGGUCAGACAGCGAGCUGCGAUGGAGGAUGGGAUCUUCGACUGGAUUGCCGAGUUGCAGUCCCAGGGUUCAUCGCCUGUAAGCAAAC